AUGCUCAAACUGCAUUUGAGUCGCAGUCCGAUAAAACGACUUUUUUCGCACACUGCACUCACAAGAAACGAAUAUCUACACCCUAUUCUAAGACAGCGUGCCGAGCAACUGGAGAAGGAAUACAAAACACUCAACGAUGCGAUCGCAGAUAGCUACGAAUCGGAAACUGCCAUCCGCCUAGCCCGGCUCACGCCUAUAGUUGAAAAAUUCGAAAGCCUGAAAGCCGCCGAGGCCGAGCUCGAGGAGCUGACAGAGCUUGUCUCCGAUCCGUCUCUAGGCGCGGACGCACGCCAGGAGUUGCAGUCGGCCCAAGAACAAAUCUCUAAAUUAUCAAAUGGGCUCAAGCUGCAGCUUGUCCCGACGAAUCCGUUUGUUGACAAACAGUGUCUCGUGGAAAUUCGCCCAGGUAUCGGUGGGUCCGAGGCGGGUAUUUUCGCUCAAGACUUACUGACAAUGUACCAAAACUACUGCUUAAAGCGCGGGUGGCCUAAUCAGGUAGUAUCACAUGUGCCCACUCCUGCUGGCGGAGUGUCCGAGGCCAUUCUGCAUAUCACCCAACCGGGUGCAUACGAGCGCCUACAAUACGAGGGAGGUAUUCACCGGGUGCAAAGGGUGCCAGAGACCGAAACUAAGGGACGCGUUCACACCUCGACUGCCGCUGUGGUCGUGCUUCCGGAUCUGGGGGAAAGCGAAGCUGAUGCAGAGCGUGCAUUCAAGGCAGGCGAGCUUCGAAUUGAUGUAAUGCGAGCGUCUGGCUCAGGAGGCCAGCAUGUGAAUACCACAGAGUCAGCAGUGCGAAUUGUGCAUUUGCCUACUGGGUUAGUUGUUACAUGUCAAGACGAGCGGUCGCAGCACAAAAACAAAGCUAGAGCAUUAAUGGUGCUGCGAGCCCGUCUUGCCGAGCGAGAGCGGGUUGCCAAACAGAACGAGGACCGAGCUGCUCGUACCGCCCAGGUUAGCACUACAGAACGCAGUGACAAGAUCAGAACCUACAACUACCCGCAAAACCGGGUCACCGACCAUCGCAGCGGUUACUCGCAGCAUCAUUUAAGCGAAAUCAUGGCAGGAACCAGAUUCGAUGAGCUCGUUGAUUCCUGCAAUGUCUGGGCCCAGAGCGAGGCUGUCAAGCAAUUAACUGGCGAAACUAACUAA